AUGGCACCGGUCGAGAUCCCCGCCCGAACAGGCGCCUACGUCUCCCUCAGAUCCGGCCAGCGCCUCAAAUUGAUCAAUCCACACGGCACACAGGUGAUUGAUUUCUGGGCCUUUUGUUUUCCCAGAAUCGAGACCGGGGGCGACACGGAUCACAACACGCCGACGAGCUUCAUACGUUCCGAUGCCAAACCGGCCAGGUCCACCGCGACGGCACCGUACCCUUUUACCUCCGGGAUCCAAUACUUCUCCGCCUCGCGGACGAGGAGCAUUCUAUCCAAAUUGAUCCCUUCGGCGACGACGCGCGACGUUCUCUACACCAACAAAUCGCUUCCGCUGUUCUCGCUGGUCGAGGACACCACGUCCGGGAUCCACGACACGCUCUUCGGCUGCUGCGACAGGUUUCGCAUGCAUAACCUGGGCCAUCCGGAUUACGACCACGGCAGUUGUGCGGAAAACAUGCAUCUAGCUCUUGCGCGGGCGGCCGAGGAUGGGUGUUUCCUGCCCGGCAGCGUGACUACAGAGUGGACACCCGAUCCGCUGAAUGUGUUUAUGAAUGUGCCUGUCCUGUCUGGGUUGGAUCGCGAAUCGGGAGGCGGGCGCAUCGGGUGCGUGCCACCGCAGAGCAAACCCGGCGAAUAUCUCGUUCUGCGGGCCGAGAGGGACGUGAUCGCCGUCAUGAGUGCUUGUCCGAAUGAUUUGAUCAAAGGCGUGAAUGCUGGCAAGUGCUUGGGCGUCGAAUAUGAGGUGCUGAAUCCGUGA